AUUGAUUAAUCGAUUAAUGAGGAUAUAUAUAAAUGCCAGAUGAGUAAACACUGUAAUUACAAUUUAACAACCAAAUUAACAAGAUGAACUCUUUAAUAUUUGGAUUGUUAGUCGCCAUUUUGUCGGUUAACUCUGCAUUUUCGCAAGAAGUUCAAUUAAAAUUGAAGAAUCUAAAAACUGACAUUGCAUCAAAUCCUUAUUUUGAAAACUGGUCAGGUGAAGUCGUUAAUGACAACACUUUGUCAAUAAAAACUCCAGUGAAGAAGGACCUUCCUGAAGAUAUGAGGUUGUCAGCUGUUAUCGAAUUCGACGGAAAUGUUGUUGGAGAUUCUGAUAUGACUGUUUGCGAAGCAUUUGAUGAUGAAACAAUCGGUAAAGAUCUCCUGGCCAAAGGAGUGCCCGAUGGUAAAUUCCCCAAAAAGUGUCCUGUUAAAGCAGGAAAUGAUUUUGAAAUAAUCAAAUAUGUAAUUGAAAAAGAAAAAGUUCCUGAUAGCGCUCCGGAUGGUCCUUUCAAGGUUGAAGUGAGCAUUUACAUGCCAGACCAGGAUCCUAUUGUUAAGAUGCAGGUCGAUGGAGAAAUCAGUCAUGGUCUUUAAAUUUUUAUAAAGUUUAUAAAUUUUUAAAUCCUUGAUUUAAUUUUUUAUGGCGACCAUAUGGCGAUUAAUAUUUAAUUUUAACCACCCCACUUUUUCAGUUUAUAAAUCAGCACUAAUUUUCUGCACUAAAACUUUGAAAAUAAUUAUUUUUACUAUGUAGUAAAUAUUUUGUGUCAAUAAAAAAUUAUUAAAAUAAA